UGAGUCUAAUUACAUUUGCAAAAGCUUAGGAAAAUGGAAAAACCGAAAAUUCACUUGGUCGAGCAGAAGUUCAUACUCAGUGUUUUGACUGAGAUUUGUUUACACAUAUUUACUGUGGAACUAGAAGGACGUUGUUCAUCAGGAGUUUAAAUAUGGGAAAUGUGUGGGUGUAGAGGACUACCACCAGGCUGCUGAGUGAACCUUUAUGCCCAGAAAACAGCACCCGGUAUGGACAUCAUGGAAGACUUCCCUCUCCCACCUCCUGAAAUGUUGGUGGACGAUGUGCCCUAUGCGGGUGAAGAAGAGGGGGAGCAGUUUGAAUUUGAUGACAGUGGGGAUGAGGUCCCUGAGGCAGACCGGCUGCCCCCCGCCCCUCUGGCCCCUGACUACGGGGCCCAGGCCAAUGGUGUGGCCCCCCACCCAGAACCAGAAGGAGCAGACCCCGAACACCACCUAGAGGGGCAGCCCUCAAAUCCAGAUCCCCCAGCAGCGACCGCGACUGUGGACACAACUACUGCUACAAUUGCCGCAUCACUUCCAGCUACUAUGGCCACAACAGACACAGCAGUUGUGGCUGCAGCAGAAGGGGAAAAAGCUUCAGCAGUCCCAGCUGACACAGACAGUGACCUACCCCCUCCUCCACCUUCAGAGGACUCCUCUCCUGUAGGAACAGACUCUGUUGAUAAGGAAGUGUCCAGCGAUGACCCUCCCCCAGCCAACCCUAGGACCACCUCCCAGAAGAAAGUCAACCCCUACUCUGUGAUUGACAUCACCCCCGUCCAACUACAGCAGCUGGAGCAGGAGCAUGGGCUUGCCCCUCCCUCACCAGUUGAGAGGGUGGGAGGAGAGGAGGAGGAGGGACAGGAUGUUUCACCCACCAGCCCCCCCUGUGUCCCCCCGGGUUACUCUGUGCCUGUGCCCUGUGGAUACGCCACCCCCUCUGGCGUGCCCCUUAUCACGCCAGCCUACACCACGCCCAUCAUCAUCCGACACUUCUCUCUGGACGAGGAUGUUACUGUGGUGGCGACAUGCAACACUUCAGUAGACAGUGUAUUUAGUGAAGAGUAUCCUGCCAUCAGGGAGGAGGAUGCUUUGUCCAAAUGGGUGUCGGACCCUGCAAACACAGCCUGGAUGGAAAAUCCAGAUGAAGUCAUUUAUGAUGACGUGCCCAGAGAGAACUCUGAUUCAACUACAGAGCCAGAUGAGAUGAUCUAUGACGAUGUGGAGUUUGGGGAGGAGGGCUGUGGCAGCUCCCUAGACAACGGUUGGAGCUCCAGCGAGUUUGAGAGCUACGACGAGCAGAGUGACGGGGAGGGCCAGGGGGAGAACGGCCUGCCUGAUGCCUUCAUGAGAGGGAAGACUCCGCAGAAGAAGACCACCCAUCUUUCUCAAGAUCUGACACGCUUGAAAGAACACUAUGAGAAAAAGAUGAAAGAUCUUAUGGCAAAUACAGUGGGAGCGGUAGUGCUGCAGCAGAUUAAACAGGAACACGAGCAGAAGAUGCAGAAGCUGGUGAAGGCAGCUAGAGACGGGACCAAAGAGGGCCUGGAGAAGACCAAAGCAGUGGUGAAAAGGGGACGGUCGUUCAUCAAGACCAAAACCCACUGUCAUGAGAGGAAGUCGACCUGUUUUGAGGGUGAGGAGUCGGAGCUCUUCAUCGAGGUGGAAUGCUUCAACAUGGAGCCAGUGCUCAGUCCCGUCCCUGAGGGGCUCUCACAACAACAGGUGGUGAGGAGGUGUAUACUGGGCUCCAUAUUAGAGAGUGAAAAGACCUAUCUGGAUGCACUGAAGCGGAUUUUAGAGCAAUAUGAAAAGCCACUUUCAGAGAUUGAGCCCAGGUUGCUAAGCGACAGGAAGCUCAAGAUGACGUUCUACCGUAUUCGGGAGAUUCUCCAGUGCCACGCCCUGUUCCAGAUCGCCCUGGCAUGCCGCGUGGCCGAGUGGGACAGUCUGGAAAUGAUUGGGGACGUCUUUGUUGCCUCGUUCUCCAAGUCCAUGGUGCUGGACGCCUACUGUGAGUUUGUGAACAACUUCAGCACGGCCAUGGCGGUGGUCAGGAAGACGUGUGCCUCCAAACCCAGCUUCCUGGACUUCCUCAAGCAUCGUCAGGAUACCAGCAGUGACCGGGUCACUCUCUAUGGACUCAUGAUGAAGCCUAUCCAGAGAUUCCCUCAGUUCAUUCUGCUGCUGCAGGACAUGCUGAGAAACACCCCAGUAGGCCACAGUGACAGGCUACACCUACAGAUGGCCCUGACAGAGCUGGAAACCCUGGCUGAGAAGCUCAACGAGAAGAAGCGGGACGCUGACCAGCGCUGCGAGAUCAGACACAUAGCCAAGGCCAUGAACGAACGCUACCUCAACAAGCUCCUGAGCAACGACAGCCGUUACCUGAUUCGCUCAGACGACAUGGUGGAGACAGUCUACAACGACCGCGGUGAGGUCAUCAAGACCAAGGAGCGACGCCUUUUUCUUCUCAACGACGUGCUCAUGUGUGCCACGCCCAACGUCCGGUGCAGUGUGGAUGGUAGUGGCAACGUCCCCCUGGGCCAGAAGUUCCUGCUGAAGUGGAGUGUCCCUCUGAGCUUUGUGGAUGUGGUAGAGUUUGGUUCCAGUGAGGACAUGGGCGACAACAGCCGCUUCACCCCCCAUCCCCACUCUGGAGAGAAGGUGGUCGUCAACGCCAAGCCAAAUAAGCUGUACAUGGGUCCAGGCCAGCUGUACCAGGACCUGCAGAACCUCAUUCACGACCUCAGCCUGGUCAACCAGAUCUCCAGCAUGAUCGGUAGCCUCAAGGGAAACUACCAGAACGUUAACCCUACGGUGGCCCAUGACUGGGUGUCGGGUCUGCAGCGUCUCAUUCUGAAGAAGGAGGAGGAGAUCCGGGCUGCAGAUCGCUGUAGGAUCCAGCUGCAGCUGCCUGGCAAACAGGACAACAGGUCUGGCAGGGCCACAUACUUUUCUGCUGUGUUCAAUACCUUCUCUCCAGCCAUCAAACAGUCCUGGAUCAGUAACCUGCAGAUGGCCAAGCUGGCUCUGGAGGAGGACAAUCUGCAGGGCUGGUUCUUUGCGGAGGAUGAUGGUAACCAGAUCAAGAAGCAGAAACAUCCUCUCCUGCUCAGGCAGAUGCCUGUGGUCAUGUCCAAACUACAGGAUUUCAAGGUAGAGUGUGCGGUCCAUAACCCCGAGCCCCACAUCAACAUAGGGAGCACAGCAGACACACCUGCACUCGGACACGGCUGUGUGUGGGUGGCGAGCUGCACCAACCAGAUGGGUCAGAUAGCCAUCGUGGCCAUGCAGAACUCCAGCCCCAAGGUGACAGAGUGUUUCAAUGUGGAGUCUCGGAUCCUGUGCAUGGCUUAUGUACCCAUGGAGCAGAGUACCCAGGAGAAUAGGAUGGGGAACCCCGAAAAGAACCUCUCCUUAGUGGGGAAGGCCAGUGACAACCCUACUGUCUGCCUGGGCAUGGAGGAGGGCAGUAUCAUAGUCUAUAAGAGCAGCCAGCAGUCCAAGAAGGUGCGUCUCCAACACUUCUUCAUCCUCGACAAGUCCACCGUGACCAGCCUGGUGCACAAGAAGCAGUGUUUAUACGCUGGCCUUGUGAGUGGCUCAGUUGCCAUCUACUCCAGAGCACAAGAUGGCUUGUGGAAUCCAGACUCUCCCAAGGUGCUGAAGCUUGGGGUUCUGCCAGUGAAGGCCAUGCUAGCUGUGGAGGGCCACGUCUGGGCUUCCUCUGGAGGACAAGUCUUCAUCAUUAGCACUAACACGCACACUGUGGAGAGGCAGUUGGAGGCCCACCAGGAGGAAGGCAUGGUUGUAUCCCACAUGGUGGUGGCUGGGGUGGGUAUCUGGAUAGCCUUCAGCUCUGGGUCCACCCUCAGACUGUUCCACACGGAGACCCUGGAGCCUCUACAGGACAUCAACGUCGCUACCCCUGUACACAACAUCCUGGCUGGAAACCAGAGGGUCUCUGUGAGCAGUCUGCUGGUAUGUCAUGGUCUGCUGCUGGUGGGGACCAACCUGGGGGUGACAGUGGCCCUCUCUGUCCCUAGACUACAGGGCAUCCCUAAGGUCACAGGACGGGGCAUGGUAUCUUUCCAUGCCCACCACGGCCCAGUGAAGUUCCUCACCAUGGCAGCUGCCGUGUGCAACCGGCCCUCCGGCAACUCAGACAGCCCAGGCAGCAGCCCACCCAGCCAGCCAGGGGACACCCAGGAUGGGGAGGCCUCCCCACCUCCACCCCCAGGCGCCACACCCAGUCCUGCUGCUACUCAGGGCCGGGGAGUGUGGCUGGGGGAGGCAGGCUGCUCCUCCAUGGCCCUCCAUGACUCCCUGUCCUCCUCCUGUGGCUCCCUGGCUCUGUCACAGGGCUCUCUGGAGCACGGGCCUGAGGACGGGGCCAUCUAUGACCUGGUCAAUGACCCAGCCAAUCACCAGAGGGGCAGGAGGGUCAAGAAGGUGGACGUCAGCUCUCUGCUUGUGGUGUCGGGGGGGCUGGGUCACCGCAGGGUCAACAGGAAGAGCAAACAGUCCCGCCAGGAGGAGACUGUGUCCACCAUUAUGGUGUGGCAGAUCCCACUUCUCAACAUGUAAGAGACUAAACUACCACAGUGCAGCAAGGGUGAAGACUGAGGGUGCUGCAGUUCCUAUUUGAAGUCAGUGACACAACUCCAAAGGAUGUCCAUUGCUAUAGUUGUCUGGACUUUGGGCUCAGUCAACUCAACCAUGUGUCUUAGAAUGAAAAAUACUUCAGAGGGCAUUCCAUAAACAGUUUGAAGAGUUUCUUAUGGUGUCUCCCACCCAAAAACCUAUAGCCUUAUGUACACGUGAGACAUUCCCAUUGGGUCAAUGCCAAGGGAUCAAUACACUAUAACCACUUUUUCAUGGCACCUGACUUUGCUUACAGCAUCCAAUACCUGAACCGUUAACACCAUGGUGGAAGAUGAAUCCAGUGAAGGGAACAUGGAUAUGUAGAAAAACCACUGAAAUGGCCUUAAUGUUAUUCUUACGAUGUCAUUUUCAUAGAGGACCGAUGAAAUGUUACUUGUCUUCAGUUGUUAUAACAUGGCUAAUAUAUUUUAUGUUACUGAGAUGUUGGGCCAGAUCAUCAAUGUCAAUGGCACAAUAAGAAAUCUGGGCAGAUGCGGGUGCAGUAUGAAAAUGGACACGUAGACAUCAGAAAUUCCCAUUUUCCUAUGUGGACCGAAGUUGAGAGACAAGUUGACUUCAUCUCUGUGGCUUUGAACAAUGUCUACCCUGACACUUCCACUGUUAGGUAAAGGCGUAUUCUGUGGUGCCAAGGCCCUGAUAUUAUGAUCAUCUCAUUGCGCCAGUCUAUGUUCUAUGAAUUGGGUCUAGAUAUGCUUACUUGUUUGUUAUUGGGUCAGGGAGAGGUCCUUUGCAAUGGUGUCCUUAUUUCACUGGAACACUAAAGCUGAACACUUCCUUGUAGUUGCCAUCAGGGGGCUAUGGAGGGUGAGUGUUUCUGAAAGGUAUGAUGGGACUUCCUGGCUGGCCAGGUUUCCUGUAGAUCCUAACUGGAGGGAGAGUCGCUAACUGUUACCAGAUGAAAAGAAGUAGGGGUUGUUACUUGCCCAAAUAAAUGUGUUGUCACUAAAGGGUAUUUAAAAAAAAAAAAUGUAAAUGAUAAAAAGCUUUAUACUUUUGUCACAUUUUGUAUGUACUUCUGUUGCGUAUAUUAACAAAUCUAUAAACAAUGUUUUAUUUAACAGUUUUAUGGAUAUUUUCUUUACAUACUGUGUCUAGGUUUGUAUUAAUCUAGUUUUAAUGUAUGCACGCUCAGUUUGCUCACCUUAUAUCAACAAAAAGGAAAUACUGGGAGGUGCACUAGUUCACAUAUGCUGCCAGUAUGUAUAGCCUUGGGUGUUUGGUUCAAUGCCAAUCUCUAAAUUCACCUCUCCACACUGAACAUCAAGGGUCUUUCUGUAUUGUUUGCAUAACUACAUGUUGCGAAUGCACUAGUUUAGACCUUCAGAAGAACGCAGGUACUAACUAUACCAUACAAUCAAAGCAACUCUAAACAAAAAACUUGUAUGGUUUGUAUUUUGAGAAAUGAUGGAGAAAGACUGCAAGGAAAUGGUAUACAAGGAUGGGGAGUAACUGAUUACAUGUUAUCUGAUUAAGCCUCAGAUUAAAUCUUUUGAAAAAGUAGAUUACUUUUAAAUUAAAAGGACAUUUGUGGAGAAUACAUUGACACCUUUCUGUUUUCUCAAUGACAUGCAAUUCAGCAUUAAAAAAAAGGCGCAUGUUUAAGCUUGUUCCACCUGAGCGAGUCUGACCACAAGUCAGAGACAACUAUGAUGAGACACCAAAUGUUUUUGAUGCAUCCUUUUGUCUUCUUAUAAUGCCUCUUAAAGGAAAAGCAAUCUAUUGGUAUUUGUUUCAUUAUUCCAUAUUAUUGUUGACAUAAUCCCAAAAUGUUUUUCUUGUCAGCAAUCAAGUUUUCAAAAUAUGUAACUUUCAAAAUACAGAAAUCAUCCCCAUAUGAUGCGGUUUUUGGGUGGAGUUUUCCUUUAAGGGGAAAGUAAUCGAAAAGCAACAAAGUAAUCAGGUUAUGUUACUGAGUUUGGCCAAUCCAAAUGUUACGUUACAGAUUGCGGUUUUGAACAGGUAACUAGGAACUGUAAUGGAUUACAUUUAGAAAUGGAAAAAAAAAGAGACUAAAGCUUUGUUAACCUAACCUUCUGGAUAAUGUGCUGCUAUCAAUUCAUGUAAGGACGAUCUUUUGCCCGGAGUGUAGUAAGAACUGCGGGUGAUGCAGUUCCUGAGGAUUUCAACAUGUACUCUCAUUCUCUCAGCUGGUCAGGAUCUAAUUUGUUUCAUGCCGCCCACAUAGUGUUACACAAUCAUGUUGAAAUGUAUUACAGUAUUAUCUGUGUUAACGCAAAUAUUUUCUAGAACUUGAAGUUCAGUGUCCCUGCCUUAUCCAAAUGAUUACCCUUAUGCCAUAUUAUUCCAGUAAUAGUUUUCUGUCAUCUGUGCUGUAUCAUGAAACCAAACAUAUCCCACAGGAUGUCUCAUUUAGCUAAUGUCCUGAUGACUAUUCUGUCUUUUAGGGUAAAGUUCAACCACAGUGAAAUAAGUAGGCUAAAGACAGUAUUUAUUAACCAGUGAAGGUAUACAGACCAGCAGCACAUCAAUAACAAAUACUGUAUCUAGGAUACUGUAUCUAGGAUACUGUAUCAAUUGUCUUGGACAAAUGUGACGUGCCUGGAUUUGAACCUUUUUAUUUAAAAAAAAAAAUCAUCAAA